UCGUCCGGGAUAGAAUGGCUACACGACCGAAGAGGCGGAUCGUGGAGGUGCCAGAGCCGGAUGCGGGAACGGCAGCCCUUCAUGCGGUGCUCAAGGAAGUGCAUCAUCUACGGGAGGGCAGACGCGACAGGCUGCCGAGUUUUCAGAGAAGAUUCGGCAACGAGACAGAAACAUAUUGGUCCUUGACGACCGAUGCAUCCACGCGCCGCACCUUCAGCCCACGGCUGGCGCGCAUUCACCCGGUGGCGAAUCGUCCCGAUGCAGAUGUAAUCUUGUAAUCAUGUAAGCUCAGCGCCGACCUUGCUACGGAAGCUGCGUCGAGAGGGAUCGUCGUCCAGUGCGUCCUACCCGGCCCGGUCGCCACAAAGAUGUCCAAGAUCAAGAAAACUUCGUGGAUGGCGCCCAGCCCAGAGACGAACGUCAAAGCGGCGCUGAAAACGAUUGGAAUCGAGGCGCACACAACCGGUUAUCCACCCAUUGCCUGAUCAUUGGCUUUGUAGACGCACUGCGCUACAUAUGCGAAAGUGGUUGGUGGCAAAAACAAUGCUCAACCUAAGGCGACGAGCCCUUCGCAGAUCGAAAACCUCGAUAGACGCGACGGACUCGCAAAAAGACGCACUCUGUAGUUGACUCGCGCGUUUUUUUGUAAUGUUCUUCGUUAACGGUUAAGUCUAUGCACUGUUUCGUCAGUCGCCCUCGUAAGUUGCUCCUACUUUACUACUACUUUGUAUUUAGCAAGGUUUUCCAUUGGGUUUUUGUUUCUUUACGAAGUGUUAUGAGCCAUUAAAAUAAUCACCUUAGCGCUGACGCAUAUAAUUGUUUCGUUUGGAAGAUAACGGUAUCUUUAAACUUAUCGUUGAUAAAAAGAACACCUUGAAAUAUAUUCUGUAUAUUGUAUCUAUGUAUGCAUAGUGCAGUAUAAUAAAUUUUAUGUUUAUUACAUUAUAA